AUGAUAUCUUCCACUUCGUCCUAUGACGAUGACCUUCUGAACAGCGCUUACGCGAAUAUCGGCCUAAUCGCAGACAGAGCCUGGGCUGCCGAUCAAGACGAUUCCUUCCGAAAGCUGAACCAUACCUUGUGGGUUCAGAACUGUAAGCUGACUGGAACAUAUCAGGAUAGUGGUUAUUAUCGGUCCAGACGAGUACGUGAUAUCAUCCCUGGAUCCUGGCUAGCUCACUAUGGAAAUUACGAGUACGACGAGGAACGUGAAAAGCUGUACAAACAGGAUAACAAACCACCGGAUAUCAGAGUUGAAGAUAUUUACGUCUCCGACGUUGCCGAACCAUGGAUGCUGGAAGAAGUGGAAAAACACUUCACCCGGUUAAAUAAUCGGACGCCAAUAUUGCCAGAAAAUGAACUAACCGUUUUAUAUACUUCCCAUAGGCCCACAACAGAGGAUACAUUACCAGUGAGUACCGAAUGGCUGGAACAGACAAAUUGGGAUAACAUUCUCCAACAACGUUAUCCUAAUUUGAAAGCAGUAUUGUCAAGGAAGAAUAAAAACAGAAAAGAUUCUACAUCCACUGAGUUGUUUGACAGGCAAGCAAGGGAAUUAUACGAGAAAAAUAUUCGCCCGGAGGAUUAUGAAAAAUAUGUUCCACCACGCUACACCGUCGACACAGUAGCUGAGAUGCAUCUAGAAUUGCGUAUUACGUGUGAAAUAGUUCGUGACCUAUGGAAUUCAAUGAAGCCUCACGAGUACCUUAAUUCCGAUCUCCGGAAUCAAAAGCGUGAAUACUGCAAACCGCAACAGCAUCCACAAAUCCAAUACCAAAGUUACAACCGGAAACAACAGCAGCAUCUACAGGCUAACCAGCAUCAACGUCUGCAAUGCAAUGUGCAGCAACCUUUAUUACUGAGACCACCACAUCAGGCAUCAUGCUGCGAAACAAUUGGUCUAGCACGUAGAGCCGUACCGCCAGUCUUAAGUGCAGAGGUACCUGAAUUUUUUCCAAAAGGACCUGGACCAUUUGCCAAUGGUCAUCAGGAACAUACGGGACCAUUGCAGUUCUUUCCGUCGUCCAGCGAGAGAAGUUAUCAGGAUGAAUUGUUCCCUUAUAACAGAGGCUGUGUGCCAAGCAACUCUAGAAAAUUAUAUCAGAAUCCCAGUGUACCCAUGGCGUCAUCCACGCAUACCAGUAACAUUAUGCGAAGUCAGCAACAGUGGAUUCAAAGAGCUUAUCAUCCUCUGCAACUUCAUGUUCCUGUUUGUCCAACCCAACCAUUAUGCCCCAUGAUGCAACCACUAUGCCCAACGAUGAUGCAACGUCCUCUGUUGGUGCAGGAAAAAUUUCUAUCCUCGAGUCACGUCACCUCUGCACCUAUUCCUGUUUAUCAAAGGCCAUCCGAGCUUUACCAGGAUCCAUCCCAGAGACGUAAGAAUCACGGGGUCGAUUUCAAUAACUUGAUUCUGUUGACAAAAAAUGCAGUGAAGGCCCGAAGAAGCCAAUCGAAAAAUUCUCAACAAAAUUCCACUUACGCAUUGGAGAGUAAACGGUCCAGUUUGAAAUCUGAGACGAGUGUUUUUCAAUGGGUGGAUAAAGGUUAUCCCAAGAAACGCAGAGAACUUACUCCAUUGGAUACGGUAUCCUUAGAGCUCAGGGACACUGAAAUGACUUUGGAAUUUUCAAAAAAAAUUUCAGAUAAAUUUGAAUCACAUGAUACAGACUCCGCGAUGGCGGAAGAAGAUACAAUGAUUAAAUUUUCGGAAAAUGACGUACCGUUAAAAAAACGGUUAUACAGAGAUGUAUUAACAAAUUCGUCAACCAGUGGAGUCAUGUUGGAUAACGUGUUUGAUAAAAAAUAUGAUGAGUUAGAACAACAAGCUAUGGAACAGUAUAGAAUAUCUGAAGAAUGUUUAGCUCUUAGAUAUCAGGAGUUGGAGCGUCAGGCACUGGAGCAAUAUAGAAAAGGUGAUAAUAGCGUUGGAAGUACUAUCAGCAAUCAAGAAUUGGCAUCAUCGAAAAUUAUUCAGCAUAGUCAGGUUCGAGAAGUAUCCGAGGAGAAGGAAUGCAUUGGUGGCCAUAAGUGUUCGGGAUUCGGGCAAUGCAGUCCCGUGAAAGAAACUUCAAGUAAAAAAGAAAAAGGUACCCCCGUGCCUCGUCGAAUAACGAUUCUGAGACCAGAAAAUAAGCCUGGAACUAGCAGUAGAGCUGAGAGGAGUAUCAUUGAAAAAAGUGCCAAACCAGCAGCAAUCACCAAGAGUCUAACGAAAUUGAACGAAAAACUUUGCGGAGAUUCGAAAAACACAAUUAAGGGUGCAUCAGGCGAUAAAAUUGAGAAAACUGUUCAAGCACUACCCAAAAGGCGUCUGAUACUGAUGUCACCCUUAAAGAAAGAAUCAGGGCCCAGGCUGAUGAAAAUGGCGGACUUGAAUGACACCUCCAGUCUUCGACCGAUCGACAGACACGUUUCGAAUGUUUAUAGAAAGGCGGAAGCGAUGAAAACCGGAUGUGGAGAUGAGAAGGUCACGUUGCUUCGAUCAUCUGGAGAGGAAGGUAUCCGAAAACACUUUAUUCUAGCCAACGAAGAAUUAAUGGAUGGUUAUCCGGAAAGUUUGGCCGUGCAAUUUUUCGAGCAGGAAGAUGGAUUUUGCCUGACGACGGAACAGCACCAAGAAAGCAUUCAGCGACUAGCAAGUUCUUUCCUCUCGACAAUAUCCCGACGUAUCGCAAAGAAUGACAGGCAGGACCAAAAGUUUCAGAGAGGUCGAGAGCAAUUGGGAAAUGAAAAAAUGUAUGCAAUCUGUGUACUGUCGUCUAAAUCAUUUGUGAGGAAGUUGAGGUUAAAAUUAUUUUGGAAUGAAAAUUUUUGGAAAAAUUGUCCAAAAAAACAGCCGUUAACACUUUUAACUCUAUGUAAUCAUGUACCUGGUUGUGACGUUGUUAUGUCCAAGAAUUAUAUUCGUGGAAUUUCGUAUUUCUCAGCGAAAAAAUUUCCAUGA